AACAAUCAGUCCCUCUUCACAGUGAAUUCUGAUAAUUGUAGCUCUGGAGGGAGAACAGGGGCCUCCUUACAGCACCCUUAACUAACUACAGCUCCCAGAAUUCUUUAGGGGAAGCCAUGACUACUUAACAUGGUAUCAUAAUGCUUUAACUGGGGUGUGUGCAUGUGGCCUAGGUUUUAAUCAGAGUAAACCAAUUCAAAUGAAUGAACAUGCCUAAGGGCUACUAAUUUCAAUGGAUCUGCACCGCCCUGUGUAUUGUUUCUUAUUAUUAUUUUGCUGUUUCCUGCCUUGGGCUUCUUUGAGAGGAGGGGUAGGAUAAAAAUCUAUUAAAUAGUAAUAAUUAGGCAAACAGGAAUGCAAUAAAACACCAUGCAGGCUCUCAAGUUCCCCAUAACUCUUCAUCAGGCUAGAUGUUAAGAAAUGGGGGAUGGGGAGAAAUAACGGGGCGGGGGGGGAGUCUAUUCAUGUUUGUCAAGAUAUUUAAGCCUGCCUCUGCUAAGUUUUAAGGUGGAGUGUAGGAGGAGAUAACAGAUUUCCAGCUGUGGCACUUCAAAGUACUUGGAAGUUCUUACAUGAUUUUGAUUAGUUUAAUAAAAGUAUUGGCUUAAUAUGAUCCCUUUUCUUAUGGGCCAACACGGAUAUCUUUGGCUUUUUUCAAAAGUGUGAUUUAUAUAUACAUUUUUAAAAUUUUUGCUUUAAAAAUAUAUAGUAUUUUAAUAAAACGUACAAUCAAGUAAAUAUUGUUAUAGUAUACUUUGGAGUUUUCGAUGAAUGUUUAAUUUGUUUGAGACUUUAUUUUACUAAGAUAUAACAUUGAUCACAGAUACCUUCAUGAGUGGCCAGGAACCCUCUGGUGUCAGUAAAUGAUAAAGGCUAGAGUGUGUGGUAUUUAAUCACAGCUACCUAAGUAUUAGCAUAUAUCAAGGAAUAACACUAUUCUGAACCGUAAUGAGAGCACAAUGCCAUAUUUACUUUGUUAAAGUUGGUUUCUUGCCGAUGACAUGACAUUGAAAAAUUAGUUCUUCACUUGAGGAUAAAUAAUUGUUGCUGUGUUUUAGGUACCGGUACAUUCGAAGACCAAUCUUAUUUAAGUGAUGUUCCCCAUUUGGUGAUUUCUUGUGUAAAUCUUCUGUGUAUUCAAAGUUGACUGACAUACUUCUUAAAUAUUAUCUUCACGGAAAUGAAAUGGUUCAGUUUAUGACCACUAAGACAAAUUCAUGGAAAAUAAGGCUAUCAAUGGCAACUAGCCAUUACGGCUAUACUCCACCUACAUGGUUGGAGGUGGUAAUACUUAAAUACCAGUUGCUGGAAACCACAGGGGGGAGAAUGCUCUUGUGUUUGGGUCCUGCUUGAAGGUUUUCCACAACUUCUUCUUGGCCACUGUGAGACCAGAAUGCUGGACUAGAUGGGCCAUUGUCAUCAUAAGCUCAUUUGUUAGAAAAUCUAUAGAAAUUAUUCACAAAGAGUGGCAUGAACACAGCUCCAGCAAGCCCCCAACUCUUUGUUUAAUGUGUGCAUUCCAGAUGUGUGAAGUUGCAUGACAGUUUUGCCAUUGGCUUCAAUCGAAUACAGACUUCAAAUUAUCUUGGAUAAGACAAUUGAAUCCUCUGCUUUCCAACUUCAUGCUGAGUGGAAACCCCCCCCCCCCAUUCAGAUUUGCAUGGUGCAAGAUGGCAUUGUUUGCUUCUCUUCUUUUAAUCAAAUGCUUUUGUCUCAUGCUUUUGUUUCUGUCCAAAGCAGGAUGCUGACAUGUUGGCAGGUGAUGAGCAGGCCUGGAAAGAAGCCAAAGAAGCUAUAAAUAAAAUGGGAGCUCCAAAGUCACAAGAAGGUAUCCUUUCAAUGCCAAAGUACUGGCCAACAGCAGAUGGGUUUCCUUUUGAGGCAAGGACAUAUAAAAGCUCUUCUUCCUUGCUAUUUCUAGAAUAUGGAAAUGCUUCGUUCCUUAAAGAUUGCCCUCAGUGCCUGUGUUAGAGUGGGCAAUUGGAUUUGGCUGGGGUGUCAGAUUCAACUCUUAACAGGUGGGUGGAGCCACCCACUUGUCAAUCACUUGGACUCUUAUAACAUCAGACCAUUGAAAUUUCAAGCUGGGGCUGCAAAGAAAGAUUGCUCCUCUGUACCUCCACAAAUUCCUUUGUAUUUGCAGCAUGGAUUUGGUCCAGGAAAAAUAGGGAGUAUUCUCAAGUGCACUUGCAGGCAAAACUAGGCACUUUUAAAAUUUGACACCUUUUAAGAAUAUGGUACCAAAUAAUAAUUAAAAAAAACCCACGUAUUUUGCCUGCAGUUAAAUAAUUCUCAUUCCUUCAGCUGCAGCUUCUGCACAUGAUGCCGUAUUUGAUGUCAGGCCUGGGAAAGUAGAUGUAUACAGGCAGCCUGGUCCACUUCCUAGGUUUCACAGGCCUAUUUCAGACCCUCCAAGUGUCCCUAUUGGGAUGUCCCUGAUUUAGAGAAGUCAUCCCGGUUUCUGAUUUGAUCCCAGAAUGUCCUGCUUUUUCUUAGGAUGUCCCUAUUUUCAUUGUAGAAAUAUUGGAGGGUAUAGAGUUAGCCAACCCCCCCAAGCCAUUCAAAGGCAAUCCUGUAUAGGGAAAUUUUUUUAAAAAUGUUUAAAGUUUUAUUAUGGUUUCAUAUAUGUUGGGAGCUGCCUAGAGUGCUGGGACAACCCAGUAAGAUGUGUGGGGUAUAAAUAGUAAAAUUAUCUUUAUAGAAUGGGACGUCCCUAUUUUCAUUGGAGAAAUGUUGAAAGCUACUCUGUUUUUAGGCCCGUGGGCUGAAGGUUCCCCACCAAAGGCUCUAUGUCUUUCUGUCUUUCAGUAUCUAGUAAAAAACGUGUAGACAGUUGUAGCAAAGACCAUUUCCUUCUGUUUUGCUUCUGUUUGCACUACAAGCCACAAGAUGACAGACACCAAACUUCCUUUUGUCUGUGUUGAAUCUCUCAACAUUCUGCUUCAUGGGAUGACUCCUGGUUCUAGAAUUAUGAGAGAGGGAGAAAAUACUGCAACCAGGGAUUAUCCCCUGAAACUAAGUACAGGGAGAUUUGUGACAGACAAGGGGAGAUUUCUUCACACACAGCGGAGUCAAAACAAUUGAAUUGUUUAGCAGAAAAUGUAGUGGGGGACACCAACUUGGACAGUAAUUUUUCAUGAGCUUUUGUUUGAAUGGCACGAUGUUGAUUAAUCCUUAAUCCAAAUAAACGUCAGAAUGGGAGCAGGCUCUUGUGACAUGCCAGACGUUACUAAAGAAAAAUGCCACUCACCUCCCAGACACAAACAUUUACCAGCUGAAAGUACUUGACUUUGCCAUGGACGCCUGCAUAAAUCUUGGCCUUUUGGAAGAAGCCUUGCUUUUUGGUCACAGGACUUUGGAGCCCUACAGGUAAAAGAUAAAAAUGCAGUCAUUUAUUGCAAAGAUUCGCUUUUAGCCCAGGAAAGAGGGUGUGGACCAAGAAUGUGGCUGCAUCAAUGUUACUAUUUGUUAAUUAUUCUGUGUGGUAGCAUUAGGGGUAGGGCUGCCAUACGUCCGGACAUUACCAGGAUUUCAAAGGCGGGGGGGGGGGAAUUUCCAAAAGGUGGCGCUUAGGCAAGUCAAUUGAGAAACUGUUUUUUGGGGGGGAGGAAUUGGGGGGGAGCCCAAAAGCUUUGGGGUUUUCCAGGGUGUUCUGGUUUUUUACUUUUUGAAAUAUUGCAACCCUAAUUAGGGGUGAGGAGUAGUCGGCUCAACUCAAACUUGUGCACUGAUCAAACAUGUCAGCUGUUCUUCAGAAAAGGGGAACGUUACAACCCAUUGUUCCUCAGCUGAACCAUUUUGAAAAAAAUAGGUUUACUUUUUCUGCCCUUGGUGAUGCACAAUUGCAGAUUGUUCGAGAUGUACUGGUGCGUUUGAUCAUUGUGUUUAUGACACAAACGUUCCUGGAGGACUCUGGAGUGUUUUGCUUCAGAUCCCCGUGUACUUUUCACAAACCUCUAUAUUCCCAGGUACAUUUUUAGAGACAAUAUUUUUGGCAGCGCUUCAGCACCGUCUUCUUCCUUAACUCCUUAUGGUACUUUCUGGUUUUAGCCUGGUGUCUAAUUAGUUUCGAUUGAUAUGGUUUGAUCAAAAGAAAAGCUUUCUCCUUUGAAACAGGUAGUAACUGUAUAGUAUAGCAAUGUGACCGGGAUGAUCAAAGGGGAAAAUACAGCUUUGUACUCUUUUCCUCUGCAUUUUUUUUCUUUUGUUCAUCCAAAUGCAUUUUUUUAAAAAGGAAAUAAUGAUGGUGGGCAACCUUAGAUUUGGUAUCUUCAAUUACCACCACUAGCAUCAUAGCCGUUUUCCUUUAUUUUCUCAAGGAAAGGCAGCCACUUCAAUGGAGUUUUGCUAUGUUGCUAGGAAUAAGUCGUAUUCAAAUAGCAGGGCUGCAGCAGAGGUUAACAAUAAUUUAAAGUGCUUGUAAGGUUGGAGCAGCUCCAUUUUCAUUUUGAUUGCAUUACAGGGUAGAAGGUUACUAAGGCACCUUUGCCUGAAUACUGAAUUUUGAGACAGUGAACUUUAAAACAAAUGCUAGCAUAGCUGUUUCCUUUGGUUGCUUUUAGGUUUGCUGCCUGUGGCCAUUUUUGAGAAGGGAUGUAAUGGCUCUCCCCUCUUUUCUGAUGAUGACCAGUCUUCUGUAAGUUUCUCCUCCUGGAAUAAAGGAGAAAACAUAAAAAAGUGCAAACAAAAUUAAAACAAGUGAAUUAGCUAUGAAAUUAGUUAUUGUCACAAUGGCAAAAUAUCAGAUUAUAUUGGCCUUUAUAGUAAUUUCAGUGAAAGAGACUUGUCAGUGAGAGAAGAGGAUCUUGCCUACUGCUCUUUCUUUCUUUCUUUCUUUCUUUUCAAAAUGGCUUCCCUUUUUAAUUUGCAUUUUUUUUAUUUACUGCUUCUAUUCAGCUAUGCUUCUUUUACCCUUUAACCUGUCAAUGUGGUGCUUCAGACCAAUGAAGCUACUUGUCUUUUCCAGGGAAAAGAUUGCAGUAGAAAACAAUUAUAAUUUUAUCAAUCAUUCGAAUAUCUCUUUCCCUGUUUGCUUAGUGGUGUGUGACAUAGUUUCCGAGCUACUUAUUACAGCCAAGUUGAUUCUGCCGCUGCCGCCUCACCUUCCAUCCACCACCACCCUUAUACACACAGACAGAGAGACACACAAACACACACAAACGACAUGUUCUGUUUAAAAGUAUUUGAUGAAAUGUUGCUGGUGUGGUAAAGCUGCUGGCCUCUCAUGUACCUUGAAGACAGUUGCUCUUAGUCUCACCAGGUGCAAAAGCAUUUCCCAAGAAGAGACAUUUUCAGCCCGAGUUCUUUUUUUACCUUCAAGCCAUCACUACAAGCUUUGACGCACCUGACAAAAAAUCUUCAGUUUCUCAUUACAAGGAGUUGUGCCUGAAGCAGCAGGAUAUCAAAUCUGAGCAAAUCUGUUGGGGUGCAUUGAAUUUCUCCAGUUGAAUCAAUCUACUGCUUGACUGCUCCUGCAGUUCCAUUACAGCUAUCUAUUUUCCUUUCCUCAACUCUGCGGCAAAAAAAUAUUCAUAUUCUUAUCUGCAGGGAAUCACCUCAAAAACAAGCCAUCCAUACAAAUAGGAGGUGGUAUGUCCACCUUUAAAAGGAACUGUUCUAAAACCAUUUUAACUUCAAGGACUGUAUUUGCUGUGUAUGUUUCCAUUAUGCGAUCAGCAGGGUUGACAUCCACUGCUGUGUGCUAAGUGCAGUAUUUGAUCACAUGUUUUCAUUUGACCAUCAUGUGAAACCAGUCUGAGUAUUUAUUUAAGUGACAUGUUUAGAUAUCUGGCAAACAUAUUUAAUGGCUUCUUUUAUGCUAUAGGUUCACACUGUAGUGAACUAAUUAACUGAUGCUAAAUAUUUUUUGACCUCCAAAACGAAGGUUCUCUUUAGUGAUUAAAAACAACCAGGAUUCAACUUUAAAAGGAGCUUGGAGCAGGUUUAAAGAAGGCAUUAGAGUCCAGAAGACCACAAGAAAUGAAGUUUUUCAGGGGGUUGGACGAAAUGACCCCUGAGGUCCCUUCCAACUCUACAAUUCCUUCAUUCUAUGAUUCUACACUGGUCCUCACUAAAGUCUGUCACUUGGCCACCUUAAUUGGAUCGGCCAGCAUAUGAGUAGUGGAAACUGAAUGAAGUGAGAAGAACCUUUGUUUCUCUUGGUUUCUCAAGAAGUCGUCUUAUAUGCUGAUAUGUUUAAGAUGUUGACUCUGUAGGGCUGUGUGCCUGUGUGUGCUAUAUUUGUGGUAAGUGUUCAUGUGCAAUGAGUAUAUGUGCGCAGUCUGCAAGUGUGGUGAGUGAGUGUGUCCAUGGCCCAUUAGUUCAACAAAUAAAUAUGGAAUAAAUUUGAGGCACACCUUUAUGGUUGUUCACUGAGGGACUGGCAAUGGCAGUAGUUCUCCCUGAGAUGACCCAUUAUUCCCAGCUAUCCAGCUUCCUUAAAAAAAAAAAAAGCUUGCCUUUGUAGAACCUGAGAUAUGAGACAAAAUGUGCAGACACCAUUCUUCUUUUUUCAUUUUGUGUGUGAGAGUAGUCUGCUCCCCCUUCCAUGGAUUUAUUUUUACCCUUCUCUGUCCCUGCCCCCUCUCCCGCCCAAAUACAGUUGUACCUCUGGUUACGAACUUAAUUCGUUCCGGAGGGCCGUUCUUAAUCUGAAAACAUUCUUUUUCUUUUUAAAAAAUUGAUUUAAUCAUUUUUUUGAUACAAACAUUAACCGCAAAAGACAACAAAAUCCAUAAUAACAAUAAUAAUACAAUCUGACAAUUCAGAUUUGAAUACACUGAUAUAUAUCUAUGACUACACCUUUUAUAACAAUAUUUUCCUACCUCUCUCUCCGCCCCCUACUUCCCACCACUAUCCGCCUUAUCGCUUAAAUAUUCGUUCCAUAUUUCUUCAUAUUUAUCCAUUCUUAUUUUGCGUUGACAUACAAUUCGUUCAUAUGUAGCUAAUCUGUCCAUAUUAUCAAUCUAUGUGCUCAAUGGAAUCUUUUUGCGGCUCUUCCAAUUCAUCAAAACAAGUUUUUUUUGCUUCUAAUACAGCACGGUACAUCCAUUUUUUUUUUACCCCUUGAAAUCUCCCAUGUUUCCAGAAUAUAAUUUAGAAUUAAAUUCAGUUCCCCUAAAUAACAAUUCCUUUUUAUUACUCCUGCUAUAAAUAUCCUCACCUUGCACCAGAAUGAUCUUAUCAUCGGUCAGUUAAUCAACAUAUGUACUAAGUUCGCAUUUUUACUCCCACAUCUCCAGCAGUUGUCUGCGCUUGUUAUUUUCUUAUGGCAUAGUUUUGCUGGAGUCCAGUGGACUCUGAAUAUUAUUUUCUGCUUAAUAAAUCUGAAACCAUUCUUAACCUGAGGUACCACUUUAGCUAAUGGGGCCUCCUGCUGCCGCUGGCGCGCAAUUUCUGUUCUCAUCCUGGGGCAAAGUUCGCAACCCGGAGCAACUAUUUCCGGGUCAGCGGAGUCUGUUUGUAACUCAAGGUGUUUGUAACCCGAGGUACCACUGUACUGUCAAUGCUGUGCACACUUUAUCUGAUUUGUGACGAUUUCCCCCUCCUUUC